ACAAGAGCCUUAUCUUCAAAGUUUGGUUCAGAGAAGAGAAGAAAAUGGAAGGGCUAAGUCAUAUCGCACUCCCUGUUCUUGGAAUUGUCGCAGUCUCCGUCGUAACCUUCUAUGCCGUUAGCUUUGCCGAGAUCAGAGAGAAAUCGUUUAAAGAUGUGUACGACUCGGAAAAUGAAGUUGGGUUCAAGACUUCUCUAAGUUCAAGGGAGAGAAGAUCAAGAAGAGAAGCAAAUAAAAAACGCCCUCGAUCUUGAUUCCAAAAUCCAGGCUGAUUUGAUCGCGUUCCAUGAUAAUGGAUGUUCUCCAAUCAAGAAACUCUCUUAAUCCCUUGAUCGUUUUUUUUCUCAAUGUUAUAUAAAUCUCUAUACUAUU